AUGCCGUCGCUCUUCGAGCUGUACAGAAAGGAGUUUGUCGAUAUUCGCGAGAAACCAUCUGUGCCAGAUCGAGAUGGAGAGGACGAGGCAAAGCAGAACUACAGUUACACUCCCCUGCCCGCCGAUGACCCACCGAUCGGUCCAAAUCUGCUCAUGCACAUGUUCCAACAUCCCAAUCACGCGGAUGUCGAACCAGCCAUGUACAGGAGGAUUCCCAAGAAGCUCCGUGCUAAACUAGAGCCCUGUCCCGUGAAGGGUAGUGCUGUGGGAUGGGGAGUGCAAUUCACCGAGGGAGUUGACUGGGUGGCUUUGUUCGCCUGUGGGCUUGUUGGCUUUUUCUGUGCCCUGGUAUUUUCUGUGGCAUGGUCAAUAGUACGUGGCGAUAUUCAGAGUGGAUUUGCAAUGGGAAGCUUCAUGGUGCCCUUCGUGAUAUUUUGCCUUGGAAUUGCUCAGACAGAGAUUCAACUUGGAACAUGA